CAAUAUUCUACUUCAAAUCUCCUUUAUUAAAGUAUGUCGAGCGAGAAGCCAGAUAUCAAGAACACAGCGCCCAAGCAGGAUAUCCCUGCUACCCGGCUGUUCAAGGUCCUGAAUCCGGAGCUGUUCAUGAAACCGAACCGGUGGUGUGGUGAUCACACCACAGUCACUCAAAGCCAAUGCUUAUGCGACUCAGCCGAUCACAGAUGAUGAGACCGAUUCAUCACCCCAGGCUAGGCCACAUAGUUAGGGCUAUAAAGUAGACACCGGAUCACUCUAGGAGUGACCCGGGAGGAAUCAUCUCUUCUUGUCUAAUAAUAUUAACUGUCCCC